AAACCAGGAGCUACUUCUAUUUUGGUGGGGAUUGUACCAAUUUGGAAGUACCGCCGGAUUUUAUCAAGUCAACUGGUCAUUUUCAAGUCAAAGACCCCAACCCUUCUACUGGAAGUCAGAAGGUUGGCGACGGAAGUGGAGUCCCAACGGGUACCUAAGCCAUGCGACCGAAAUGACUUAAAAUCCAAGAGCCAUCUCCCAGGUUGGAUCAAUCUAGCGCACCAUGUCGGCCCAUGGAGAAGAGGAGGAUGAGGCAUCGUACAUAGAUUACGAAGCUUUUCUCGAUCCCAAUUUCAGACCGGCUUCGUUCGCCAAUACGCUUGUCCUAGCCACCAACAAUCCUACCGACACCCCCCUCGAUCUCUCAACACCGCUGUCCAAGGUCCUGUUCGAUGCCCAGGAGCUCGACUCCCACAUCCACGUCCUAACCACUCGUUCCGCGAUCCCCCUCCUCACACACACCAAAGAGCAGACAGACGCGAGCAAGAGGAUCAUAUCCGAGAUCGACAGCCAAUUCAAGAGUUUGAACGAGAGUUACAAGCAACUCGAGAAAGAAGUCAUACAGAAACAUGCCGAAGCCGACGAGGUGCGCUUCGUUGCCUCGAGGUUGUGGGAGACCCUGAAGCUUGGCAGGUCUGUAGGCCGAUGCCUGCAAUUGGGUCGCCAACUCGAGGUCCAACACGGCGAAUGGAGCAGUGGCACUUCAAGCAGUCAGAAAGAGGACCACAGGGCUCUUGUACGGUGCGCACACACAAUCCUCUCUUUAAGAGAAAUUACCGAGAAGAACGGGCCUGGCGAGGAAGGCUAUGGACUACAGAAUGUAGAUGCGAUUAGAAGUUUACAAGACCAUGUCGUGGGGCCCAUCGAGCGGUCUAUAAAGACGACUUCCGAGCAGAUCAUUCGCGAGUUCUCGAUUGGUUCUGCCUCGAGCACAGCAACAUUUGCGCAAAGCGAAGAAGCUAAAACAAGAAUCAUAUCUGCCGCCAUCACGCUGUAUCUAAUUUCGCCUACGGUUGGCGUCAAACCCGAGAAAUGGGCGCCCCAGUUUCUGGUACAAGCUCUCGAGGUCUAUCUACGCAAUGCCCUACAAAGCUCCAUAUCUUCACUUGCGAGGUCACUAGCGACACUUCCAUCACUCGACCGCACCUUAGCCGAGGUCUCAGCACGAUGCCAGAAUAUUGUUGCUCUAGAAAUCAUACUAGACGCCGCGAAACCGCCAGCUCACCCACUCCUGCCGACACAAAAAUCCAUUCUCGAGAAGAGCAACCUCCUACAACCCCUUCUUACAUACCUCGAAACCGGUUCACUGGCAUCGUACUUUUGGAGGUCUAUGGCCGGUAGCCUGGCGACUAGGGUGCAAGAAAUAAUCAACCGUGGCGGGGUUUCUGCUAGAACCUUGAAGACGAACCGAAGUGCAGUGGGCGAGGCAAUCCGGGAAUGCGUUAUUCGAGGUAGUCAGCCGCCUAGUACCGUGGCGCCAACCAAAGGCCGUGGUUCCAAAAGCGAUAACGAGAAGACUAGCAGUUGGGAUAGGGAGGUAGCUGUCAUGGUUGGUAGUGUCGUGAACAACCUGGGGCGAUGAGAUUUGAUUCUGCCGCUCGUAAACAUAGUAUACUUUGACUUGGUCACCCUCCGGCGAUUGUUGGUAUUUUGAGUGUCAUCGCUCUUGUCACCUGGCCACUAAUUCUGCCUUGUGGUGAUGACUGAUAUAUGUUUUUGCUAGCGAAGCAAAUUCACAUUGGAUCACAUAGAUGGGGCUUAACCGUGGCUGUUCUUAGCUCCCAUCGACUCAAACACCCCGCGAUGAAUUCAAACCCACCUUUUGAAAGCAACGGAUGUCUGAUAGUAACGGGUAGCGUUAUCUACCCAGAGCCAGCGAGUCGAGUAUGUCAUUUACUGGAUCGCAAAGAAUAUGACCCUCCACU